UUUGCCUGGCUUCCUUCCCCCUGCCCUGCGGAGUGAAAAUGGUACAGUCCUUUCUCCAGCAGACUGGUAGCUCGGUGGAUGUUGCUGGAACGUAAGAGCAUCAGCACAGGCUGCAGAGGCUGGCUUGACUGCAGCGAGCAAACCUAUCACCAGGCGGGCACAAGAGAGGCAAGAGGUGUUCUCGCUGCUGCUCCUAGCGCUCUGCACAAGUGUCGGUGCACAACGGUCGGUGUCCCAAGCAGGAGAGCAUCACCCGUGAGGCACGAUGACCCAAGGGAAGCUCUCUGUGAAUAACAAGCCUCCUAACUCCGAGGGACAGCAGGGACAGGGAGAGAAAAAGGACAAUGCGACCGCCCCAUCGGCACCCCCGACGUACGAGGAAGCAACUUCAGGGGAAGGGAUGAAAACGGAGGCGUUCUCCCCUGCACCGUCUGUGCCCCUCCACCCCAGCUGGGCUUAUGUGGACCCCAGUGCCAGCCCAAACUACGGCAGUGGAGGGUACCCCGGGGACACGGAGCUACUCACGACCUUCAACUGGGAUGACAAAAACGUGCGCAGAGUGUUCGUCAGAAAGGUCUAUGCCAUUCUUAUGCUCCAGCUGUUUGUCACGGUCAGCAUUGUGGCUCUCUUCACCUUCUGUGAGCCAGUCAAAGGUUACGUCCAGUCAAACCCAGCCUGGUACUGGGCUUCCUAUGCCGUGUUCUUUGUGACAUACUUGAUCCUGGCUUGCUGCUCCGGACCCAGGAGGUAUUUUCCAUGGAACCUGAUUCUCUUGAGUAUCUUUACUCUCUCCAUGUCCUAUCUCACUGGAAUGCUCUCCAGCUAUUACAACACCACGUCGGUUCUCUUGUGCCUGGGGAUCACAGCCCUGGUGUGUCUUUCCGUCACCAUCUUCAGCUUCCAGACCAAGUUUGACUUCACCUCCUGCCAGGGCGUCCUCUUCGUCAUGCUCAUGGUGCUGCUCUUCAGCGGGAUCAUCCUGGCCGUUCUCCUCCCCUUCCAAUACGUGCCGUGGCUCCAUGCCAUAUAUGCCGUGCUGGGUGCGAUUGUCUUUACUUUGUUCCUGGCAUUUGACACGCAGCUGCUGAUGGGGAACCGCCGGUACUCACUGAGCCCAGAGGAAUACAUCUUUGGAGCCCUCAAUAUCUACCUGGACAUCGUCUACAUCUUCUCCUUCUUCCUCCAGCUCUUCGGCUCCAGCCGGGAGUAAGCGCAGUGAGAAAGCGUCUGUCCUCGCUCGGCGAAGCAGAAAAAUGUUAAAAAAAACGAAAAAAAAACAAAAAAAGAGGGGGAAAAUAUAGCCAACCUUUCUGGUCCCUUUGCCAGCUCCAUUCCAUCUACUGAGAAACCCCCCUGGUUCCUUCUGCAGCUUGUACAUAUGCUGUUAACACUUUGUGACCCAGAAAGCAAACUGGGGUGGAAAUGCUAGGUUUCCUCCCACCCCCUGAAAUCAAACCAGAGCAGGGUCGGUAGUGCCGGCAGGGCAGCAGUCUGGGCUCUCCCAUUUGCAAAGGUCACUAGGGUUCCUCAUCUGGCUUCGGCACUUUAUUGCAUGUAGGCACGUUACCGUGUGUGCUACUGAGAUGCAAAGCCCGGCUGUGAAAGGGAAAAAGAUGGGGGUUGGGAAUUUGCUGGGGUUCUGGCAGGAGAACCAGCAGCUGGACAAAAGAAGGGAGUAGAUUAGGGUUCCAGGACUGCCUAGGUAUCCACCUUCCCUCCUCUCUCCCGCCUCCAUGCAUAAUCUGAGUCAUGGGAUUGCAGUAGAGACGCAGCCCAGAAGCGAAGGGCGCCUCUUGGCAGUCCCGCUAGCAGUCAUCCACCUGGUGCGAGAAGAGCGGCUCUCCAUCGGGGAAGCCCCCUAAGAGACAUCCCCAGCACCCUCCAGGCCUGCCCGUGUCUCCUUUCUACCAGACCACAAAACCGAGAACACCCUUUCCUCCCAUAAUGCCUCCCAGGCCAGGGUGAUCACUGAUGUGGGACUCACUUACCUAGCCAGCUGCCUCAGGGGAUGAGUAGACUGGAGCUGUCUAAGGUAUGGGCCCCAGGUGGGAUUGCAAACAGGUGUCAAGGGGUCAUGAUAACAACCUGCCCAUUCCAUAUCACUAAAUAUGGAGGGAGGGUAGGUCCCAGCUAGAUGGAAAAGGUUGAGAAGCACCAGCCUAUGGAAAGCCAGGAUCCCUGUGGCCAUGGGGAAGAUGGUGAGAUUGAACAAAGACCCUAGGGACUCAUAUGGACUCAUUAGUGCCCUACAGUAAUGGCUUCGAACUCUAGAUGCUCCGUCGUGCAGUGCGUCCGGGGUCACCACCACCACAAAUGCAGUUGUAUUGCUUGGUGAGCAUGCCCAGCUUGGAAGGGCAGAGAGGUGUCUGCAUCACACCCCGGCGGUACUGCCCGGAUGCCUCCUAUGCGUGCUCCCCAGCUGCGGGCGCUGGAGAGGUCUUCUUUCUAAUCACAGGAGAGCAUCACGUCCACCAGCAGGGUUGGGUGGCAUUAAUACUGUUGAACAAGAUUCCCUGACCCCGCCCUCCUCCAUCGCAGCAAUGCAGCAGAAGUCUCCUCCUCCUGAGGCAACUUCUGAGAUGCUGAAACUACGGAGUUUGUAAACACUGACGUCACGUGAGUCACCCAAGAACGGGGUGCCAGCUGCAGGCACCCUGAAGGUGGAUCUCCAUGCAAUUGCCAGGCCUGCUACCUGUCAGCUGGCACGAAGCAUGAAGAACCAGGUGUUUCUCGCACUACCCUUUGCUGGUGAGCAGAUGUUUCGUCACCUCUCCACGGAAGACACUUAGUACUCAAGGAAAAAUAGCUGACCUGCGGCCUGCCGCCAAGGAGGCAGAGUCUGAUCAGAUCAGCAGGGACAGAACCAAAUGAAGGAAGAGUUGUGUCGCGGUUGGACAAAAUACCGACAUCCCCAUUUAAAAAAGUCCAUUCUACCAACAUGAAUAACGUGGCAGAGGAGCUGAUCUAGGGUUAUCCUGCCCCAUUGCUGCGCCUUCAGGGGAACCCGGUGCAGUUCUGAAGAAGGAAACUAAGGGCUACACCCAGGGGUACCCAAGAAAUACCCACGUCAUUUAGUGAGGGCUACCCAGGUGGCAUUCCGAGAAACCACUUGGAAUAGAGUGCCAGGUCUUAGCGCCCUUGUGCCAGGUUGUAGGACCCUGAGGACAAAAAACAGCUGUCCUGCUGACUCAUCCUGGCAGCCAGAUCAGGUGGAUCCUAUUAGCGCCAACCCAGGAUAUAAAAGGGAUUUUCGAGAGUCUCCCUGAGACAGAGAAAGCACUGGGGUCAGGGACAGAGGCGGUCCUUCAGGGAGCAGUCGCAGAAACAGCAAAACUCAGGAGCAAGCGCCGGUGACACGUUUCUAUUUGUUGUUAUUGAACUUAACAGUAGAGGGGGCCCUAGGAAAAAAGGGUAAGUUUGGGCUCAAGCCUGGGUGUGUGAGGAGAAAAGGGGGAAUGCCCAUGCUGCUGACACAGAGUAUCACCCUGAGAAAUGCCCACUAUCCAGGUGGAUCGCUGAGGACCACCCAAGAACCGCCCAGGUGGGGCUCUCUCUCACAGAACUAUCCUGAGCUCAUGCUAUGAAACACCAGAUAGUGAAAGCAGCCCCUUUGCUAUUCAACUAUUCGAGCCCUCGUUUUCAGCUCCCCUGCCCUCCGAGUGGGGCUGCCUUUGGACGCCUCGGAGUGCACCAGUAUCUUUCCAUCUUCGCCCUGUUAAUAUCCCCCAUUUGGAAAUCAACCGGCUAAUUAACUGCAGGGCCCCAGGCUAAGAUAAGAUAAGAGGCAUUUAACUCUUAUUUAAAAGGCGAUCCUUCCCCCUGAUACGGCCCUUUAUCUGAAAUCUCCCUGGGAAGACCAAGGCAUGUGCGUCAGUGGGUUGCUUCUAGCCAUUCCAACCCGCUGGAGGGGGAACCCGUGCCAAGCUCUCCAUACUGUGCAUUCCUUCUCCGCUGCUCUCCGGCUUCCCAGGUGUGUACACACCUUCUACACGUGCCUCGGCCCCACGCUGAGCAAAGCAGAGGAAAGUUACUGUGCACAGGGUUGUAGGAAGUCAAUCUCAGGCUCCUUUCCUGCGCCUCUGCUGAUCUCCCCGUGUUCAGAGAUAAUCCUGCUCUUCCCACACCCCCUUUCCCUUCCGGUUCCUUAUUGCCUGAUCCAACUGCAUCACUUUUGUACGCAUUCGGGACACGGCGCGGACACUCAGAGACCAGGGGGACGGGCGUCUGCGGAAGGCCUCAUCGAGAGGGACUUGGAGAUGCUGCAAAGUGCAGCCCCUCUGAACUUCGCAGCGAGAAUGGGGGAGAGUUGACGGUGUCAUUGUGGCUUUACACCAGUGGUGGCAGAGAACAGGAUUUGGCCCCUCUGGGUUGUGUGUCGACAUGUCUAGUGUACUCUACAUCUGCAAUUGUAGCCAUGCGCUUAGUCCUCCUGCCUUGAGUGCAGGGGACUGGACUAGAUUUCCAGUUCUAUGAUUCUAUGUCAGUUGGAGGUGUGGUUGCAGCUCGGGUAGGCGUACCUCCGCUGGCUUGAAUCUAGCUAGCAGGGUUAACAAUAGCAGUGAAGUCACAGCAGGGUGGACCCCGCCAUGGGCUAGCAGUGUGAGUACGUACCCUGGGUUCCAGGUGGGCAGAACAGCCCGUGCUGCUGGGUUACCGCUGUUUUUAGCUGUACGCGGUAGUUGAGGGCAGGCCUACCUGCCCCCAUUACAGUAUAGACUAAUGCUGGGUGAGGAUCCUGAGAGAUCUGCCGGCAGAAAGUGGCAGCUGUUUCCUCAAGUUAUCCUUCUUGGUAAUAAUAAUUAGCACUUAACAUCUUCAAAGCUUUUUACAAACAUAUAGGCCAAAAUCGUCAGCCGUGGCCAGAGAGUUUUAUUAUCAUUAUUUCUGUUGCAAUAGCUUCUGGAGCCCCGCUCACAGAUCAGGACCCUAUUGCUCAUGGAAGCUUAAGAUGCUAAGAGUUUGAUUCCCUUGCGUUCUGGGGAGAUCAAAACAGCAGACGAGAUCAAGUACUGGCUGCAGAAGCUUUCCAAGCCAGGCCCCAGUUCACCAGGGCCCUGCGUCACGAGUCUUCAUUGACACCAGUGCAAAGUGGGCACGAAUCACAGGUGUAAAUGGUGACAUGUGGUGUGGAUUUAGCAGAGAAGCAGGCCUGAAUGCUACAAGGUGAAAGGAGACAGCUGGGUUCAUACCGGUCCCGGCACAAUUUGCUUCCCAACAUAUUUGCCCUGCCUGUCUCCUUGAGAAUGAGUGACAACCCCUAAUCCACAGAUUCAUUUAUAUAUGAAAUUCCUAUGGCCUUCAAAGGAAGCCAAUAGGCUGUUAUAUAUUGUAGCAAAUCCACGAUCACAUUGGCUCUUCCUUGCUGUUGCUGCACAGCACGCUGUGGCCAUUUAGAACUUCACGGCGACAGUAGGGAUAGAACAUGGAUCUUUCUAAUCCAAAAGCCCAACCCCCCUGGGCUAAAGGAGAAUCUCCAUUAGCUGCUGGCAGUAUAGGACCUAUGACACACAGUUGAAUUCUUUUUCUAUCUCGUAGAGUGCGGUGGUGCGCAUAUAUAUUAGUUGGGUCAGUGCAAUAUGUUGCACAGGAUACUGCAACCCUUAAAACAAUACAGAGAGGAGGGUGGAGGAAGGGAAAUAAGUGCCCUGACCAAGAAAAUUAUUGAGCACUUGGAAAUGGGGGACAGAUGCAAUUGCAGGGGAGAAAUUGUCUGGAUAUCCCCCUCCCCCAUUCCCUAGUCGAACCCUCUCUGCAAGGAUCUUAGCAUAAACUGAAAUCACAGUUUCCCUCAUUAUCUAACCCCCCAGAGAGCUACUGCAGAGAAGGGCAAAUGCUUCCCUCUGCACCUACGCCAGGGCUGAUUUUCGAGGUGUUAGCAACCUCCUGAGUUGCAGUCUUCCAGCCUGAGAAGGACCCGGAUCUGGAUACUCAUAUACGUUAGGGAAAAGUCCAGCUCCAGGUCCAAACUUUGCAGCUGCCUCCUGUCUCUACAAUGGGUUGAAUCAGAACCCGGAAUCCAAAUACCGCCUGGAUUUGGGGAGAAAUUUGGAUCUGGCUCCAGGUCCAAACUUUGCCCCCUCUCUCUACAAGCGGCUUGAUCCAAAGGCCAGGUAUACUUUGGGAGAAGUCCAGAUCCGGAUCCCCGCUUGGCCCUAUCUCUUCUGCAGUGUGGAGUGAUUCACCUUUCACUGCCAAGGCCUGAGUUGCAGCUACUGCUCCAGGUCCCCCUGUUUCCCAGUGGAAAGCACCUGCAUGGCACCUGCUAGUCUCUCUCCAGGGGGAAACAAUUACACCAGAAUAGCUUGCUGCCCCUUUGUGUUUCUUGGUGGAAUUGCAGGGGCUCCCAUCCUUGCAUGUCCUGUCUGGUCCGGUCGCUGCUGCUGCUUCGCCUCCUCUGUGGGUUGCAGCCAAUCCAGCUCUCCACGCAAGAUCCUGUUCCCCGUUGAAGCCAGCAGCAAAAGUCCCUGGUGCUCAGAUACAACAGGGAUGAGGAACGCAUUAGCACUGAGAGAGACGAAGUCUCUGUCGGUUUCAGUGACGCAGGAUAGGGGCCCUAAGGGAGACCCAUCAGAGGGCAAGGGCUGGGUUUUCCCUAGGUGGGCUUGGGUGAUGCGGGAUUGUUUGUCUCCAUCCACACAGCUCCCCUUGUUAUGUACUUGUUCUCGAGCCUCGAAAUCCCAGCUCCACCUGUGACCAGCGCACUCCUCCCUCCUUCCAUUCCUUUGAUUUCGUUGUAAAUAAUUUUUUUUUUGUAUUUUCUCUGGACAUUGCUAAUAAAUUGUUGCAAAACUGG